AUGGCCCGGAAAGGCAGAGCUGACGCGCCCUCUCUUUUCUGCGAAUGGGUCGUCGGGACCACUCUUGCCGCCGCCCUCGGCCCUAUCCCCAAGAAGCCCCCGCGGCAACGUGACGUCGUGACGGUCGAGGUGCUCACCGACGACGAAGCGCGCGAGGACACCCUCAGGAUAACGUACCCGCGGACAGGAGCACGCGAGAACAAGGAAGCCGAGAGGGCAGGCGGCGGCUCCGCGAAGAAGGUGGUUCGCUUCCACCACGACUCGAGAAAGUCGGCGCUGAAAAAGGACGACACCACAGACUCCGAGGCCGACACGUCUGACGGGUCGGACGAUGCAGACGCUGAGGCGGAACGCGCCAAGGCAGCCAAGGCAAAAGGCGAGUCCUUCGACAGCGACGAGGACGAGUCGGAGCCUCAUUCAACCUGUACUUGCACCCACUGCAUCCGCGAUCGUCGGAAGAAGCAGCGCCAGGGGAGGAAGUGCGCCAAAAGGGAGAAAGCAGCACCGCAAAAGCCUGGCCGCGAAAAGAAGAGCAGCAAGAGCAAGAAGAAGGAGCACAAGAAGAAGAAGAAGCAGAAGAAGAGGAGCGACUCGAGUGGCGAGAGUGCCAGCGAGGAAGAAGAGAGCCGCGGCUCGGAAACGGAAGAGUCGGCAAAGGAUACUGAAGACGACUCUGACGCUGUCAAGUCUCGAACGCCAGGCGCGGCGAGCAGAGGUCAGGCCGGAAACAAAAGCAAGGACACGGACAAGAAAAAAGACGAGACUCCAACCCAGGAACCCGACCCUGUCAAGGCCGCGCAAGCCGCCAACGACAAGGAGGACAAGAGCGAAAGGGACAGCCAGAAGGAACAACAAGCCCAAGCUGCCGAGGAAUCCAAAAAGCCGAGCACCCCCGAGCCCAGCAACGCGGUCAAGUAUCCCGCCGCCGCCUUUCACGCCCCUCACGCCCCUCACGCCCGCCGACCCAAUCUCAUCGAGCCCAUACGCGCUCAGGUCGUCCACACCGAGAGAGUCAUCGAGACGCCGGAAGACCCCUUCCCCAACGCGUACUACGACUCGGAAAACCACAUUGUCAGGAUAUACCACGGACCCGUGUACGGCCAUCACGGCCCGUCCCUGUAUCCCAGGUACAACCCGCCAGUCGCGCCGGCGCCGGCGCCGGUCGGCGUGCCGCACCCCCUGCACAACCCGUACUACUACCACGGCUUCGGCAGGGUCCAGGACCCGAGCGGCCUCGCGCACGUGCCCAUCGCGCAGGGCGUGCCGGCCGCGCCGCCGUGGACGACGACGGCGGCCUUUUGCCCCCCGCCCGGAUUCGCCGCCGCCGCGUGCCCGGGCAGACCGGCGGACAACCACGCGGCCAACGGGAACCGCAGCAGAGGCGCGUUCAGCACCUUUGACGCAGGGCCCAACGCGGCGGCCGUCGCCGGCGGGAACAACGUCUUCCCCACCGCCAACGACAGCAACAACAACAACAACAACAACAACAACAACAACAACAACAACAACAACAACAGCAACAGCAACCCUUACUACACCAAAAAGAACCGCUCCCCCUUCAGCACCUACGGCGGCAGCAAGCGCGCCGCCUCGAACGCCAGCACCAAAGGCUCCCGGCCCGGCCGCAACGACCAGCCCAAACCGUCGUCGGCUCCUUCUCCGCAAAACCUCCCGGAGGACGCCUGGGCCGACUCCAACGCGAACGCCUGGAACGCCGCCGGCCAGGACGCCUGGUCGAGCAAGCAUGCGCAGCGCAGCAACUCCCACCCCGCCGCCGCCUUCGACGCGACCCGCCGCGACUCGGGCUGGAACAACGCCCCGUCCGACGCGGCGCAGCUGGACCCAGGCCAAAGCUCUCCCUGGGGGCCCGUCCCUGAACCGCCGCCGCAGGGCAACGACAACGCCGGCGGGUGGGGCGAGACGACGCAGCAGGAUGCGGUGCCGAGCCGCCACGAAGCAGCAGCUUGGGGGCAGCCCGGCCAAGGGGAUCGCAGCCAGGCCUUGGUGGAUAACAAUAACGUCAUGCCGGGGGGCUGGGUCACGCCUUCGGCUGAGCCGUCUUCGGCCUGGGCUGAUCCCACCAUGGCGGCGUCUACGGGUGGCAAGAUAGACCUUUGGUGA